GUGGGAAUAAACCAGAAAACGCAAAAAUGACGGUGGACUUUGAAGAAUGUAUAAAAGAUUCCCCCCGAUUCAGGGCUGGCAUUGAUGAUGUGGAGACAGACGUGGUGGAGAUUGAGGCGAAGCUCGACAAGCUGGUGAAGCUGUGCAGCGGGAUGAUCGAGGCCGGUAGGGCCUACGUCAGUGCCAACAAGCUCUUUGUUAACGGCAUCAAGGAUCUGUCCCAGCAGUGCAAGAAAGAGGAGAUGAUAUCGGAAUGUCUUGAAAAGUGUGGAGAAAGCCUCCAGGAGAUCGUCAACUACCACAUGAUACUGUUUGACCAGGCUCAGAGGUCGAUCAAGCAGCAGCUUCACACCUUCAUUAAAGAGGAUGUGCGUAAAUUCAAGGACACCAAGAAGCAGUUUGACCGGGUGCGCGAGGACAUGGAGCUGGCCCAGGUGAAGAACGCCCAGGCACCCAGGAACAAAGUGCACGAGGCUGAAGAGGCCACACAGGCCCUCAUCCUCAGCCGCAAAGCCUUCAGGCACCUGGCACUAGACUACGUACUGCAGAUAAAUGUGCUUCAGGCCAAGAAGAAGUUUGAAAUCCUGGAUGCAAUGCUGUCCUUCAUGCGUGCCCAGUGCACACUGUUCCAACAAGGCUUUAACAUCUUAGACGAGAUUGACCCCUAUAUGAAAAAACUGGCUGCACAGCUGGACCAGUUGGUUAUCGACUCUGCUAUGGAGAAGAGGGAGUUGGAGCACAAACACGCCGUCAUCCAGCAGAGAACUCUGAUGCAGGACUUUUCUUAUGAUGACCACAAGUUGGAAUUUAAUGUGGACGCACCCAAUGGCGUGGUCAUGGAGGGCUACCUCUUCAAGAGGGCCAGCAACGCGUUCAAGACCUGGAACAGGCGGUGGUUUUCUAUACAAAACAGCCAGCUGGUCUACCAGAAGAAACUCAAGGACUCUCUGACAGUGGUGGUGGAGGACCUGAGGCUGUGCUCUGUUAAACCCUGUGAAGAUAAUGAGAGGAGGUUCUGCUUCGAGGUGGUUUCACCCACUAAGAGCUGUAUGCUGCAGGCGGAGUCUGAGAAGCUGCGGCAGGCUUGGAUCCAGGCAGUCCAGGCAAGCAUCGCCUCUGCUUACAAAGACAUCGCCGACAAUUAUUACAUUGAGCGUUUGGACCGGACGGCCUCACCCUCCACCAGCAGCAUCGACUCUGCCAGUGAGCCCAGAGAGAGGGGGGAGAGGGCUGAUAAGGGAGUUCGGGGAGGCGGGGAAAGCCUCCUCCAGAGGGUGCAGAGCCUGCCAGGCAACGAGCUGUGCUGUGACUGUGGCCAAACGGCUCCGUGCUGGGCCUCCAUCAACCUGGGAGUGCUGCUCUGCAUUGAGUGCUCAGGAAUCCACAGGAGUUUAGGUGUCCAUUGCUCUAAAGUGCGUUCGUUGACGUUAGACUCAUGGGAGCCAGAAUUACUAAAGCUGAUGUGUGAAUUGGGGAACACUGUGAUCAACCAUAUUUAUGAGGGGGCCUGCGAGGAGCUGGGAGCCAAAAAACCGGGACCAUCCAGUUCAAGACAGGAGAAAGAGGCUUGGAUCAAGUCUAAGUAUGUGGAGAAACGCUUCCUGAAGAAGAUGAGUGGGAGCGAGGCUUUGGUGGAGGGUGAAAGGAAGUCCCGGCCCUGGACGGUGAAGAAGUGCCAUCGACACAACAGCUCUGUUCGUGCGCCCAACAAGGCCCGCAGGAAAUACCAUUGCUACGAGCCGGGAAGCGCUACACCCGCAAACCUCUCAGCAGCUGCUGCAGCAAAGUUUCGCCGGGACUCCCUGUUCUGUCCAGAUGAGCUGGACUCACUAUUUUCCUACUUUGACACUGGCUCUGGUCCUCGCAGUCUUAGCAGCGACAGCGGCCUGGGAGGAAGUACCGACGGCAGCACAGACAUCCUGGUAUUUGGCUCGGUGGUGGGAAGCGUUACAGAAGAAGAGGAGGAGUCAGAGGAGUCCUCCAGUGGUGAGGUGGAGAUUGAGCAGGAAGUGUCUUCAGACCCCGAAGACCCGAGGGAGCUCCAUCCCGGGGCUCUUCUCCACCGAUCCUCCCGUCUACACAAUCUGCCACUCAUGGCAGAGGCAUUGGCGCACGGCGCGGAUGUCCACGCUGCGAGUGAGGAGGAGGGCAGAACGCCACUCAUUCAAGCCGUGGUCGGGGGUUCUCUGAUAGCUUGUGAGUUCCUGCUACAGAACGGAGCCGAUGUGAACCAGAGGGACAUGAGAGGCAGAGGCCCGCUGCACCACGCCACCUACCUGGGACACACUGGUCAAGUGUGUCUGUUCCUGAAGAGGGGAGCAUCUCAGACAGAAGUGGAUGAGCAGGGUCAUGACCCCCUAAGCAUCGCCGUCCAGGCUGCCAACGCAGACAUCGUCACCCUAUUGCGUCUUGCGCGGAUGAACGAGGAGAUGCGAGAGGCCGAGGCUCCAUUGGGUCAACCAGGGGUUGCCAAGGGCAGCAGGACAGUUAAACCAAAGGAUGUUCGGGAUAGAAUGACAUCUCCUGUGUUGAUGUCUUUCGCGAGUUUUCUCUCCUCGCGUCUCUCCAGCCCGAGAAGUUGAGAAGAAGGAGCAUACAGUUCCGCUGCUGCAAGAAACCACAGUGCCACUGACCACCACUUCUUCUGACCGCUCUUCAGUCACUUUGGAAACAAGAGGGAGAAAGCCACAUGCCAUUAAAACAAUAUUUUGAUGCUGGGGAUAGAGUGCUGCAGGCGUAAGCAAAUGGUGAAACACCUGGUCCUGAAUCGCUCUUGUAAAUAUGUUAAGUCAAGGUCAAGAUAAUAGAACUUGAUUAUGUCAAAAUGUUAUGAAAUAUAGCUCCAACAGUUCCUUUGCACAGUAGUCAAUUCAGUUGACCUGCUGACAGUGUUGGUGAUUUUAAGGAAUUAACAACAGUCAGUGUAGCAUGUCAGGUGAUCUCUGGACAAAGACUACCAUGAUGUAUUUAAAGUGGCAAUGCACGGCAACAAUUAGGUAUUGCUCUUCCAUAAAGUUGGCGAACUCACAGGAGAAACCUUUAGAAGGACUAUUCCAAAUUUGAAGCUGAAGAAGCUGAGACUUUUAGUCUCAAGUAUGGAAACCCUAAAACACUGAAUAUUAUAUUUCCACAAUAUUUGUUAGACCCUCCCUGCCUGGUAGCUGCCUAUACCCUUUAAGCUUUACAAUAAAUUGUAUAAUCCCCAUGCCCAAGACAAAAUAAGCCUGAUGACAUCACCUGUGUUGUUUUUUUUAGACAUAGGAAAGCGUUUCCAUAGGCUGUAUUAUACUCUCUACGAUGAGUAAACUAAACUGAUAAUCAGUGAAGUGCCGUUUAAAUGUUUUGUAUAAUUUGAUUAUGUCAGCUGGAAAUCUCUGAUGAAAUGUUUUUCAAACUAUUUUAAAACUGGUAAAAUAAAUAUAUAGUA